CUGGCCCUCUAUAUCUUUCCUCUCGUCUCCAGUUACACUUGGUCCUUUACUACCACACCUCAGCAAUGCGCCACCUUAUCUCUACAGAUAUCUGGCUCUGGCUCUCCUCCAUACAGCGUUUUAAUUAUUCCCUAUGGACCAACACCUCUCCCGAAUAACGUAGAGGCACGCACCAUUGUGUACCAACAGUUUAGUGGUGAUUCCACCACCACCAGCUUCCAGCUCAAAUACCCGACCACAUCCCAGUUCGUCGCCGUGGUCAGCGAUAGCACUGGUUUUGGAUCUGGCGGAACCAGCGUUGCUGCUUCAGUGAUGAGCAGUACCGACAGCAGCUGCUUCAACUCAACUGCAACGGUCAUGCCAGAUUUCCCAUUCAACAUAUACCCUACCAACCAGGUCGUACAAUGCAACGCAAGUAGAUUGUGGUGGGACCCUACUGAAGUCGAAGGCACCCCAUCCUUCCAGGGUGUCAUUCCUGGUGGACAAUCCUUCUCAAUUCCCGAAGGCCAGAUAACGCAGGUAUCCAACGAGGGCACUGGGUUCAGUUGGAUACCCUCUGUCCGCGAGGGCUCGACACUCAUUAUAGUCGCUGGAGACGACCGUGGGCUUGGUACAGGAGGAAGCGGGCUGUAUACCGUCUCGCAAGGCAUAUAUCCCAACAGCUCAUGUUUGACCACCGCCUCGCCUUCAUCCACUACCGGUCUUCCUGCAGGUGGUACAUACCCAACUAACGCCAGCGGUGCAGAAACCACCGGCGGCGCCACCAGCAGCAGUAAUGUCGGCGCAAUAGUUGGCGGCGUUAUCGGCGGCCUUGCUGCAAUCGUCAUCUUUGCGCUCGCAGGGUUUUACUUUAUCCGUCGCAGAACCGCCCACAAGGUCAUCAAGGAACGACCCGUCGACCUCCUCCAAGGUGAUCCAGAAGACGAUCAAGAUCCAACGCCCGGUGAACUCGGGAAUUACUACCGUCCUGAACCCUUUCUCGCCACUGAACCUACAGAGACGUCUUCUAUGUACGCACGUGAGGACGUCAGAGCUGGCACCGUCAUGUCGGGCUCGCGUUACGGCACCUCGGAUCGUAGACAGUCUGGGAUCACGAGCUUCAGCGAUAUCCGGUCUGCGACGCCUGACUAUGAGAUGGGCAUCACUGGUGGUAGUACCAUCCCAAGCAGCUCCCGCAAAUCUCCUAUGCCAAGGCUCCGGCCUGUUAAUAUUAUUCAGCACGACGACGCAGGUGCCGCGGACGAGCAGGCCGAGGGCGAGCCAGACACUGUUGAACUUCCCCCUGCAUAUACUCAUAUCCGAAAAACAAGUUGAAUCAUUCCCCUUCCCACUUCAUUUACUUUCUUUCCUACCAGGCUUUCUUUCUUUCGUUCGCACCCUACAUCGUUCAUAAUUUUGUGCAUGUUCUUGUUUAUGAUCCAUUGCAUUCUCCUGCCAGUGCGUACUUAUUUCCCCGUCAGAAGCUAUAUCACUUACAUACAUCAUGCCUGUUGUAUAUCAGCUACUGUCAUGAUAUCACCCAACUCCGAUCGGACGCUCAAAGACUUCAGUAUCGACGUAGCUUUAUCAUAUAUACGUACACGGACGUACGUUUCAGUAUUAUACAUUGUAGCUUCGUUUCACAUGCUCGCUCCACAGUUAUGUUACAGUAUAUGUGGGAUCGAAUCGAUCCUAUAGAAGACUUGCCAUCGUAGGGAGGCGGGGAAACUUGACACGCUUUGAAUCAGACACCAGCUUCCUUGGAACAGACACUUGCAGUCUUUUGACGC